GGCGACAGUUGGUCAACGAUCGCGUAGCUUUUAAGAAGAGAAAAAUUAAUAAAAUAAAAAUAAAUAUUAAACAACGAUUAUUAAAAAAAUUGAGACAAGGGGGAAAAAAUAAAAAAUAAUAAGUGAAAGUGGCUGCUGCUUUAAGAAAUUAAAUAAAGAAAACUUAAACAAAAAAAGAGGAAAAAACCAAAAAAAGGAUAAUCAAUAUAAAUAAAGUGGCUGCUGCCUUAAAAAAUUAAAUAGAGAAAACUUAAAAAAGGGAAAAUAAACAAAAAAAGGAUAAUAAAUAAAAUUUUUUUUUUGAAGAAAAAAAAAAUAAUAAAACUACUUUAGAAUAUUUUGAAGUUUUGGAAUUUCCAUAAGAAAAUUUAAAAAUUUUUCUCAAAAAAAAUUUUUUUUUGAUAAAUUGAAAUACAUUUGUUGCCAUCAUGAUUUGCCCCAAACGCACCUCCGAAUUGUUGGAACAAUUCCUAGAACCCUUCAAGGAUAAAGAUCCUGCCUGGGAGGUGGGUGUUUCGAAAAUUGCCGGUCGUGGUGUAUUCACAACGCGCAAGCUUAAACGCGGUGAUGUUAUUUUUCGCGAUAUGCCUUUGCUAAUCGGUCCCGCCGCCCGCAAAGAGGAUACCCUCAACACCUGCACCGUCUGCUUCAAACUGCUGCCCGAUACCAAGUUUAUGUGUCGCCAAAAUUGUGGUCUGCCCGUGUGCAAUUUGUGCGGCAAAAAGAAGCAACACAAAGCCGAUUGUGACCUCUUCAGGUCAUGGGAGCCCUGCGAGCCAGAUGUAGCCAAUUCGGUUAUUAUACGUCUUUUGUGUGUGGCCCGCGCCCUCAACUGCCCCAAGGAGCACAGGGACCUUUUGUAUUGUCUACAGGCUACCUUGGAUAAUAACCAUCGCACUGAGGUGCGUAAUGCCGCCAAAUGUUUCCGCAAAUUCCCCACCGAUAAGAAGCUAUUGGAGAUCAUGAAUCGUGCCGUGGCCGUUUUGCGCACAAAUGGCUUCGAUGAGACUUCCGAUCGCACCAAUGACAAUCAGGAGUUCUUCUAUAGGGCCUUGUUCCCUCUCUUCGCUUUGCUGAAUCAUGAUUGUGUGCCUAAUUCGUAUUACACCUUUGAUGAGAAGACCAACAAUAUGAUUGUCAAAGCUUCGGUGGAUAUUCCAGCAGGCACAGAGAUCACCACCACCUAUACGAAAUUGUUCACAGGAAAUAUUGCUCGUCACUUGUUCUUGAAGAUGAAGAAAACGUUCACAUGCAAAUGUGAGAGAUGUUCUGAUCCUACGGAAAAAGGCACAUUCAUAUCGGCUAUUUAUUGUCGCGAUACCAAUUGCACAGGCUUGGCAGUACCCGAAAUCACCGGUAUGCCACAUCCCAAUUUCAAUUGUCUGGAAUGCAAGCAAAAGUCCACCCAUGCUCAAGUGUCGAAAGCACAAGAUUUAGCUGCGGGAGCCAUAAAUGCCAAAACCAAUUCGAAAUCCCUUAAAACCCUCAUACAAUAUCUGAAGGAGAAGUGCCCCAGUUUUAUACCCGACAAUAAUUAUGUGGUUAUUGAGGCUAAAUUGCAGGUUAUUGCUCGCUUGGCCAAGAGCUUGGAAGAUUGUGGCGAAGAAUCGGUGGGCACCAAGGCACAAUUUUGUCAAGACAUUUUGGAUAUCAUGGAUAAAUUGGGUUUGGGUGAUUGUGUUAUGCGUACCUAUUUGGAGGUGGAGAAGGCCAAAUAAGCUGUAGAAUAUCAAAGCUAAAGGCUAGCAAAUGUUGUGGAAAGGCAAAGGAGUUGCCGCUAUUAUUAUAAAUUAUUUCUUUUGUACUGGAAACUAAUGGUUGCCCUAGAGCAGCAGCAGCA